GGUCAGCUUCGAACCCAGGCAAGUAGAAGAACCCCCAAAUUCCCCCUUGUCGGCCUAUCCCCACCCAAAACCCUCGCGUCCACCCGCCCCCGCCGCCGACGACCUCGCCAGAGGAGCUCAUGGACGACGCCAUCGCCGCGCUCCCGCCGGAGCUCGUCUCCGAGAUCCUCCUCCGCCUCCGGCCGGACGAGCCCGAGCACCUCUUCCGCGCGUCACUCGUCUGCAAGGCAUGGCUCCGCGCCAUCUGCGACCCCGUCUUCCUCCGCCGCUACCGCGCCUUCCACGGAUCCCCGCCGCUGCUCGGCCUCCUCCACAGGCUCCGGGUCAUAGACGGGGACCCCGCCCCGCGCCUCGCCCGCACCACGGCGGCGCCCCUCUCCCCCGACCCGGCCUUCCUCCGGGCCCUCGACUGCCGCCAUGGCCGCGUCCUCCUCCACGCGUCGAACCUCGGCCUCAUCGUCUGGGACCCCGUCACGGGCGAGCAGCACCGCCUGCCGGAAUCUGGCAUCCCGUGGCUGAUCUACACCGCCGCAGUGUUCUGCGCCGUCGGCGGCUGUGACCACCUCGACUGCCACGGCGGCCCCUUCCGAGUGGUCUUCGUGGCCACCGACGACGACGACGAACUCGUCAAGGGGAGUGUGUAUUCAUCGGAGACCGGUGUGUGGAGCACGCCAGCAACUCUUGAUGAUGGCUAUCAAUCCUGGGAAGAGCGUUGGCAGGCGGCCCGCAGUAGAGGCGAAUACUACCGCACACCUUAUGUCCAUCCUAAGCGAUGUGCCCUUGUCGGAGAUGAAAUCUACUUCACACUUCGGAACGGCAAUACGAUCAUCGAGUACAACUGGGGAAAGAACCGCUUAUCUAUGUUUGACCCGCCGACAUCGGACUUGUACUACAUUGCCCUCACGGUGAUGGAGAAUGGUUCACUGGGGUUUGCCGGCAUUGAGGGAUCCAGCCUUAAUGUGUGGUCGAGGAAGGUGAAUCCACAAGGGGCUGCAGAAUGGGUACUAUGCAGGAUCAUCGAACUGGAGAAAAUUAUACCUGUAGUCGAUCUCAGUGAUGAAGCAUGUGUGGUUGGCUCUGCAGAGGGUCUGGGUGUCAUCUUCGUGAGCACAGGCGUUGGCUUAUUCACGAUCGAGCUCAAGUCAAGGCGGGUGAAGAAGCUUGAAGAGCCUGGUGUCUACUUUAGUGUCUUACCCUACAUGAGCUUCUACACUCCUGAUCGUGGCACAUUGUUAUCGCUAGCAAGGACUCACUGAUCUUUGAUCUCAUGCUCAAGAGUAACAUGUUGCAAAAUGGACAAAUCCAUCGUCUUGGAUCUGCUGCGAUUGACAUCUUCCAGAGAUACUACUAUGAAGUUGUUUAUUUUCUGUUGGGCAAUGUAGGUAUGAGCAAUUCGAGUCAUCAUGUUCGAAUAUGGUCAUCGUAUCAAAUUCAUCAACCAUGAACUGUAUUCGGUUUAACAUGUCUGGCAUAUUUCAGUUACUUUUUGGUUUAUAUUGGGCUAAGGUACAUGAAACAAAAAUUAUAUUCACUUGUGUUGCUUCUGUUCAGAGAUCUGCAAGUCAUGCUAAGCUGAAUAGCUGGCUCCCUAUUCUUUAUUGUUCGUUUUGAGAAUGUUGUUUCUGUGAUUAUAUAUAAUAUUGAGCAUCAA